GCAAAGCUCAAGCUUCUCCUUAAUCUUUCUCUUUUCUUUCUGCUUCCUCUGCUGCUACAUCGGGAAUGUCUGGACAAGAAAAGUCGGACUGGAUCCAGGACAGCUCCUCACACUGCCAGGAGUUCGUUUGGAUAGAUGAGGAUAAAGUGCAGCCCAAGGGGGAGCCCCUUAACCCUUUCAGCGGUAAAAGAGGUGGUGAAGUGAACCUGAACAAGCUGGCGUACAGUGUGACAGACGUCCCGCCAUGGUAUUUAUCCAUAUUCUUGGCUUUUCAGCAUUACCUGACGGCGUUUGGCAGCAACAUCGCCAUUCCGCUCAUCUUGGGCGAUGCCCUAUGUUUGCAGCACGACGGCCUGACCCAAAGUCAUCUCAUCAACACCAUUUUCUUCGUGUCGGGUCUGUGCACCAUUCUGCAGGUCACCUUUGGCAUCAGGCUUCCCAUCUUGCAGGGAGGCACAUUCGCCUUACUCACUCCCGCCAUUGCCAUGCUGUCCGUACCGGGGUUCCAGUGUCCCUCUUGGACCCAAAACGCCAGCCUCGUGAACACUUCCUCGCCCAUCUUCAUCGAAGUCUGGCAGACCCGUCUGAGAACACUACAGGGCUCCAUCAUGGUAGCCUCCCUCCUGCAGAUACUGGUGGGAUUCUCCGGCCUGGUGGGCUUCCUCAUGCGCUUCAUUGGACCUCUCACCAUCGCGCCCACCAUCUCACUCAUCGGUCUUUCCAUGUUCGAUGCAGCUGGAGUCAGGGCCGGUAGCCACUGGGGAAUUUCAGCCAUGACUGCAGCCUUGAUCAUCCUGUUCUCCCAGUACCUGCGACUUAUCCCACUGCCUGUUCCCGCGUACAGCAAAGCUAGGAAGCUACACACCAAAAAGUUCUACAUCUUCCAAACAAUGCCUAUUCUACUGGGCAUCACAGUCUCCUGGUUAGUUUGCCACCUCCUAACCAUCUACAACGUACUGCCAUCUGAUCCGGACCAAUACGGACAUCAGGCCCGAACUGACGUGAAGAGCGACAUGGUCGGUCAGGCUUCCUGGUUUGUCCUGCCUUAUCCUGGCCAGUGGGGCAUGCCAAUGGUGAGCCUAGCAGGGGUUGUCGGCACGGUGGCGGGAAUCGUGUGCUCCAUGGCCGAGUCGGUGGGCGACUACCACGCAUGUGCCAAACUGUCAGGGGCGCCGCCUCCGCCUAAGCACGCGAUCAACCGGGGAAUUGGCGUGGAAGGGAUCGGCAGCUUGUUGGCAGGGGCCUUCGGUACUGGCAAUGGCACCACUUCGUUCAGCGAGAACGUGGCCGCGCUGGGCAUCACCAAGGUAGGAAGUCGAGUGGUGAUUCUACUCAGCGGAGUCGUCAUGAUCCUGAUGGGGGUUCUGGGUAAAAUCGGAGCCAUCUUCUCCACCAUUCCCAACCCAGUAAUAGGAGGGAUGUUCCUGAUAAUGUUCGGGGUCAUCUCUGCGACGGGUAUUGCUAAUUUGCAGUCAACAGAUAUGAAUUCUUCCAGGAAUAUCUUUGUGUUUGGGUUUUCCUUGUUUUCUGGCCUGGUCAUACCUAAUUGGAUUGCCAAGAAUCCCAAUACCCUGGUCACAGGCUUAAGUGAGGUGGACGCAGUGUUGCAGAUCCUCUUUACCACUCACAUGUUUGUUGGAGGCUUCCUAGGCUUUGUCUUGGACAACACGAUUCCUGGUACCAAAAGCGAGCGUGGACUGUUUGAGCCAGAUGAAACACACCUAGAGGACUCUGGUUCCUUGGAAACUGAGGACAUUUAUGACCUUCCUUUCGGUAUCACGCGAUGGUUUUCGGCACGCCCUUGGAUUCGUUACAUCCCAAUCUGCCCGUGGGACAAGCAAGCGGUUCAGUCAUAUUCAGACGAAGGCACACCCGAGAAGGCAACAACACAGCAUUCUUCUUAGGCUAUAGCCUUUGAGGUUUUGCCUGUAAUCGACCGUACCUUCAAGGAUAUCGUGAUUUCUCACGGGGUAGCUUCAAGAUUCUGCUUUUGGUACCCUUGACUUGGAAAAGUCGACUUGGAACGGUGACAAACAUGGGAUGGUACCCUGAAAUGUAGGGUACCAUGUGUUUUCAUUGCGGUGCUACCCUCAAAGGUUCUGCUUUUGUACCCUUGACUCCCCUUUGGAACAUCUCUGGUCCUGGAAAUAGUUGCCCUGGAAUCCAAUAACCAGAGAUACUGGUUCUGCUUUGACAAUUUAUGGGUUUGGUAUCUACUUGUACUUUGUUUUAUCCCUUUAUACUACUGGUUCUGCUACUUUUACAUAAAGGUUUCCUAUCCAUCUA